GGCAAGCGCGGUUGCCCAGGCAGCGGGAACGGUCUCUGCCGGUGCUUGCUUGGAAGGUGGUCAAGAGGAAGAUGGCAGUAGAGGAAAGAGAGCGGUUUCUGCGGAGAGUGAAGGCGCUGCAGGCAUGUGUACGGGGUCACCUCAUCAGGAAAAAGUUUCAGCACUUAAAAGGAGAAUAUGAGAGCAUUGUAAAGCAGAUUGAAGGGAAUCUAGGUCAGCUGCAAUGGAGUCAACACUCGAUUCCAAAGCCUGUGUUUCUCUCAAAGUCUGCCCAGACACCAAAUCAAGGAAUGGACUUAAAUGGCCAGGAAGCUGGAUUCAACAAGGAGGGCAGUGCCCCCACCAAGGAGCGGAAGCUUAGUUGUCAAGAGAUGUUACAAACAGAAACUGAACAUGACUGUGAGAUGCAGCUUCCGAGCCGGCUUCUGAAUGAAAUGGCAGUGGAAGGAGGGGCUGGUGAUGUGAGGCCGGAUCCUGAGCAUCCUGCAGCUGAGCCCCUGGGGAAUGCCCAUGUCCUGCUAGGAGAGAAUACAGAAAGCAUAGACUGCAGCAAUGUGUCAUCUGAAUGGGGCAGCCUUGUCCUCGAUACGGAGUCUCCUAGACUGAGCCACGUAUCUGAACCUGAAACGGAGCUUGUGGAACCAAGAGUAACGAAUGCUAUUCUGUGGACUUGUUCCCUAUUUACACAGACUUGGCAAUCCACCCUCCUUUGCCAGCUGCUAGUGAAAGAAAAGUCCCUCCAUGGCAGCAGUCAGGUUGUGGUUGCUGUCUGGAGGUAACCACUCCAUGUGGCCUCCCUGGACCUUGAUUGUGCUCCACUUUGAGAUUCGUAAAAACAGCAGUAAAACUGACCUGCAGACUUUUCAAACCAUAGAUGUUCUUGUGGUGGGUGUAUCAUGAACAAGUGCCUUGUGUGGAACCAGUUUACAUCCUAAGGAGUGUGACAGGAGUUGUGCUGAAAGAAAGCCCUCUCCCUCAUCCCCCUCCUGCUGCAGCUGUGCCUCCCAAAAUUGUGCUCCUGCAGGUCAGUGGACCCUCAGGAACAGUGGUGGGGGCAAAACAGCAGUCAGCAGUAGGAGGGGAAAAUGGGUAGAAAUCACCUCUUCCUCCUACACCAACAGAAAUGCUGUUCUUCUUUGGAUCACACUGAUGGAGCGGUGGCUGGGGAUCCAGAGUGAUAUUUCUGCAGGCUGAAUUUGUGCAGCCCUUGAUGGAGGCAAACACGAGCUGAAACUACCUGUUUUGCUAGCUUUGCUAAACCAGCUAGUGUUUGACCAGAGUGUGAUGACUGUCGCUGCAUGUUGGGCACUCGAAAGAAGGAAUUUUGUUUCUGUAAAUGUCAAGUUGUAGGCCAGAGCUUUGUGGUUGCCAGUGUCCAGAACACUGUUCUUCCACCUUGGAGACCUUCAAAAUCUCCCUGUGAAUUCUGCAACUCAACCCUAGUUCUUUUCUGGACUUUCCAUGGUUGCAACCUGUGGAGGUAGGUAUGUGUUUAAGUAAGCCCUGUUGUGCAGUUGUCCAGCCAGACUGUUCCUAUGUUAUUUCUGCCACUAGCCACCGUUACUGGUCCAAUAUUUGGACAGUGGAGUCUCUAGUAAAAGAGGGGCUUUGUUGGGGGUGUCAAUGCAUUUUCUUCUUUUUUCUAUUUAUGAAUAAAAAUGUUUUUUCGCUG